AUGGCGGAUAAGGUUGUUCUGUAUAGCUACUUUAGAAGCUCAGCAUCUUGGAGGGUCAGAAUAGCUCUGGCAAUAAAAGGUGUCAAAUAUGAGUAUAGAGCUGUGAGUCUUGUCAAGGGAGAACAGUUCAGUGAUGAAUAUAAGAAGUUGAAUCCUAUGGGUCAGAUUCCUACCCUGCUCAUUGAUGGCCAUUGUCUAACCCAAUCUCUGCCUAUAAUUGAGUAUUUGGAAGAGAAGUAUCCUGAGCCUGCAUUGCUUCCCAAAGACUCAUUUGGAAGAGCUCAGGUCAGAGCAUUGGCAGAGAUCGUCAACAGUGGUAUUCAGCCCCUGCAGAAUCUUAGAAUUAUAAAGCAGGUUGGAGAGGGGCAGAGUGAAUGGGCAAGGCACCAUAUAGAAUUUGGUUUUAAAGCCCUAGAGGCAAUGAUGGCAAAUACAGCAGGCGUCUAUUCUUAUGGAGACCAGGUGACCAUGGCUGAUGUGUGUUUAGUCCCUCAAGUCUUUGGUGCCAAAAG